GGUAAUUGUAACUUCCGGUGCCGGCAUUUUUCCAACCAACCAAAUAGUUUAAUUUCUCACUGAAAACAUGAGUUCUAUUGGAACAGGGUUUUGCUAUUAGAGGUGAAAAGUUCUCUUAAAAAUUCGAAGUGAUUUUAAUUUAGACCGCAAAUUUGCUGGAGUUUCAUUUUAUCAUUCCGUCACUUACAAAUACAAGUGACAUAGUGAAGACCAAGGAUAUUAUUUAUAUCGGAAGGAGCAUACCCUUGGACCCCCUGAGAUGCGCGGCCUUCAGCCACGCAAUCAGGCAUCCCCGAAUUAUGAUCUGUCAGCAUCACAGUUCUCCCCUGAUGGCAGAGUGUUCCAGGUUGAAUAUGCUAUGAAGGCAGUAGAAAAUAGUGGGACUGCUGUGGGCAUCAGGGGUAAAGAUGGGAUUGUGUUUGCAGUAGAGAAACUGGUGACAUCUAAACUCUAUGAGCCUGGCUCCAACAAAAGAAUAUUCCACAUAGACAGACACGUAGGCAUGGCAGUAGCUGGCUUGCUAGCAGAUGCCAAGGCUCUGGUAGAAGUUGCACGUGAUGAAGCAUCAAACUACAGAUCUCAGUUUGGCAACCCCAUUCCAAUCAAACAUUUAGCCGAUAGAUUAUCCAACUAUAUCCAUGCACACACAUUGUACAGUAUGGUUCGACCAUUUGGUGUUAGUGUGUUAUUAUCUUGCUACGAGCCUACUGAUGGUCCACAGAUGUAUGUCAUUGACCCCUCAGGCACCUCACAUGGUUAUUGGGGAUGUGCUAUCGGUAAAGCUAAACAAAAUGGUAAAACAGAAAUUGAAAAAAUAAAGAUGAAAGAUAUGACAUGUAGAGAGCUUAUAAAAGAAGCUGCUAAAAUUAUCUAUGUUGUCCAUGAUGAAGUAAAGGAUAAGAACUUUGAGCUGGAGCUGAGCUGGGUAGGAGAAGUAUCCAAUGGUAAACAUGAGUUAGUUCCCAAAGAGGUAUUUGCAGAGGCAGAAAAAUAUGCCAAGGACUCGCUAGAAGAAUCUGAUGACUCUGAAGAUGAAGAUAUGUAGGAAUUAACCUUUUCAAUGCCAAGAACAUUAAAUGGACAUUAACUCUUGGAUAAUAUGGAAAACAUCAGUAGUAACUCAUGUUCCCAGGUAUGAGGUGGUUCAGAGUUUUUAAAAAUGACAUUACUACUGGACACUAUGAAUUAGGAGCAUAGAUGUUUGCCAGAUUUUGUUUACCCUUGGUUUUUACUAAAUAUCCUGAUAUGGCUUACCAAUAGUGUGAGUUACUUCUUUAAAGAUAAUAAAAUGUGUUGCAAUUUGCAUGUUCCUCAUAUUAUAUUUUAAGACAAACUAGUUGUGAAAUGGAAAGGUAAAACCGAACAGAAUUUCAACAGCUGGAAUUUGUCAAGUAACUGAGCCAAAUACUUGUAAUAUUUAUGUGCUGAAGUAAUAUGGAUGAAAUAAACUUUUUAUAUUGAUAAAGAAAAA